AUGGCCGCACGUUCCUUAGUGGCUACAUUUGUUGCCCGGCUACUCCGGCCCGCGCAGAGCUGCAGUCCCCACCAUUGCUCCCUCCACCUCUCGGUAGUACGAAAUGAAGCUGUUGUCAUUUCUGGAAGAAAACUUGCCCUGCAGAUCAAGCAAGAAGUUCGGCAGGAGGUGGAACAGUGGGUGGCGUCCGGCAACAAACGGCCACACCUGAGCGUGGUUCUGGUUGGCGAGAAUCCUGCAAGUCACUCCUACGUCCUCAAUAAAACCAGGGCUGCUGCAGAUGUGGGAAUCAGCAGUGAAACAAUUUUGAAACCAGCUUCGAUUUCAGAGGAAGAACUGUUGAAUUUAAUCAAUAAACUAAACAAUGAUGACAAUGUUGACGGCCUCCUUGUUCAGCUUCCUCUUCCAGAGCAUAUCGAUGAGAGGAAGGUCUGCAAUGCUGUUUCACCAGACAAGGAUGUUGAUGGCUUUCACGUAAUUAAUGUGGGACGAAUGUGUUUGGACCAGUAUUCCAUGUUACCCGCUACCCCAUGGGGUGUGUGGGAAAUAAUUAAGCGAACAGGAAUUCCAACCCUAGGAAAGAACGUGGUUGUUGCUGGAAGGUCAAAAAAUGUUGGAAUGCCUAUUGCGAUGUUACUACACACAGAUGGGGCACAUGAGCGGCCUGGAGGUGAUGCCACUGUUACAAUAUCUCAUCGAUAUACUCCCAAAGAGCAGUUGAAGAAACAUACAAUUCUUGCAGAUAUUGUGGUGUCUGCUGCAGGCAUUCCAAAUUUGAUUACAGCAGAUAUGAUCAAGGAAGGAGCUGCUGUCAUUGAUGUGGGAAUAAAUAGAGUUCAAGAUCCCAUAACUGCAAAACCCAAGUUGGUUGGAGAUGUGGAUUUUGAAGGAGUCAGGAAGAAAGCUGGGUACAUCACUCCAGUCCCUGGGGGCGUUGGUCCCAUGACAGUGGCAAUGCUAAUGAAGAAUACCAUCAUUGCUGCAAAAAAGCUGCUGAGGCCCGAAGAGCGGGAAGUGCUGAAGUCUAAAGAGCUUGGAGUAGCAUCUAAUUAACUGUUGUGUCAUCUGUGUCAUCAGCAGCAUUCCAAGCCAGUUCAUGAAGCAAAACAGGCCAAUAGAAAUGCAAUAUUCUUUAUUUAUUGUAAUGAAAUGGUUUAAAGUAAUGCUUUGUAUUUAUUGAAAGCUUAAAUGGGUGGUGUUUGCACACAUAACUUUUCAGUACCUCACAGGGGAGCACUCCAGUGUCAUGCUGGGUCUAAGGAUCUAGCCAAGAGCAGCCAUUAACUGAGUGAUUAACAUGGGGACAUUGUCACAUUGAGAAUGGAUGUUUAAUUUUUGUCAAGCCACUUCAGUUGUUAAAAUUUGCUUUUUCUAGAAUUGGAUUUCCCAAGUGCUACUCCAAUGAGUUGAUACUUAAGGUUGUAAACCUGUUGAGUUCAACUGGUCAAACCAAAGGAAAAAUGUUGGAUAUAAUUGGGAAAAAAGAUAAAAAGGAAGAAAUGAUAGUAAUUGGGUAUAAAAAAAUCACCCUGAUUUAUACACGUAUUGAUU